GUAGAUUUGACAGUUGACUAACCUAAAAACGUUUGUUAUUGUUAUAGUGAAAAAUAUGGAUCAAACGGUGGAAAACAGCCCUGGCAGAUAUGCUAUGGAAUUAAUGGAAAAAGUUAAUAAAGAAAUAGUGUUUAAAAAGCCUACAAGUGCAGUGAAAAGAAAGAAAAAGCAGAAAAUUUUGGAUGAUGAUACAUAUGUUGAAGAGAUCGGUAAUAUAAUCGAAAGGGACUUUUUCCCGGAUUUGCCAAAAUUAAAAGCCCAAAAUGAGUACUUCGAAGCUAUGGAAAAAAAUGAUACCAUUAAGUUGAGAGAAUUGUAUAUGAAGUACAGUGGAAGCAGGCCUCCAACGCAAAGAAUGAACUCACCUGCAACCUUUGAAACACCCGCCAACAUUCACAACUCACAACACAUACCUUCAAACGAAAAUACAGUCGAUUGCGAUAAAAACAGCGGCAAAAAUGAUGGUAAAAAACCCAUAUUAACACUGGAUCAAUACCUAAACAACCACACAUCGCAAGAUAACGAUUCCUUCGAGGAAAUAUUAAUAAAAAGCGAAAUUAAACAUCGGCAAAAAUACUCCUACCUGUACAAUGAAGAAGAGAAAAGUUUAGAGGAACAAAAAAAAUUACUGGCCUUACCCACGAUAGAACAGCAAUGUUUGCUGCCCGAAAAAAAAUUGGACAUUGACACCUGGACAUACAAAAACAAAAAUUAUAUCAUGUACGUCCCCGAUGGUGUAGAGCUGACGAAAAAUGACGAAAUCGAGAUCAAUAAAAAAAGACAGGAAGUCGUCCAUACGAAUACCAGGUUGUGUGUGAACCCCUUUAAUGAGGUACAAAGUAAGGAAACCAUACACGAGUUGGCCAAAACUCAGGCAAAAGUAUUGGAUGGUAAAAUUGGCGUGGAUGGUAAAGAGAUAUUAAAAUGUGAUACCCCCAAAAUUGGGGGGUUCAGUUUUGUUAGGGAGCCUUCCCCCUGUCCAGGGGUAAUGGGGAGUCCCCUGAUGACGUGGGGGGAAGUGAUGGGUACCCCAUUUAAGCUGGAUGGGUCUGAUACUCCAUUACCUAGAACUCCAGGGCCGAGUUUUAAAAUGUCCGACCCAUCGAGGCGGGAACAGUUGGCCAUGUCGUUGGCCGAAAAAGUGGGGGAAAAAAAUCGCGAUCAAAAGAAAAAAGCAAUAGAAGCCGCUAGAAGACAGUUUGCUACGCCCAGUCCUGGUAGAAAUAUAGACAGACUGGCAACCAUGUCGCCAGCGGCGAGAAAAUUGGCAACAUCGCGGCUAAAAUUGGGGGUUAACUCUGAUUUGAGGAACGCUUACACACCCAGCCCACUAUAUAGAAGAAAACCCACUGAAAGUCCCAAAAUAUCGAGAAUAAAUACCCCAAAAAUUGUUAGUAGUAACAAAAAAGAAGUUUCUACGGAUGACUUGUUGAAAAUAGGCAUUUCUAAACGGAGAUGUGCUUCAGAUUUCUUUUAAUAUUCUUUAAGCAAA